AUGAUGGCUGGUGGGGCAGUCCAACAGAACGGGAUUUUCUCCAACCCUCAGCACCUCGCGCAGUCGCCCCACAUGGAGUCGGAUCCCCCCGAUUCCCGAAAGAGACCCUUGGAAACACCGACCGAGGCGAGCAGCACUAAACGUACGAACACUGGAGAGGAGGGCGAGUACUUCCUGAAGGUGCUGAUUCCCAGUUAUGCGGCCGGGUCUAUCAUUGGGAAGGGAGGCCAGACCAUUGUGCAGCUACAGAAGGAGACCGGCGCUACCAUCAAACUGUCCAAAUCCAAAGACUUUUAUCCAGGCACAACAGAACGUGUGUGUUUGAUCCAGGGUACAGUGGAGGCACUGAAUGGCGUGCAUAACUUCAUCGCUGAGAAAGUGCGCGAAAUGCCACAGAGCAGCCAGAAAACGGAGCCAGUUAGCAUUCUCCAACCACAGACCACGGUCAACCCCGACCGAGUCAAACAGGCUAAACUCAUAGUGCCCAACAGUACAGCAGGGCUGAUCAUUGGUAAGGGUGGAGCGACAGUUAAGGCUGUGAUGGAGCAGUCUGGUGCCUGGGUGCAGCUUUCCCAGAAGCCCGAAGGCAUCAACCUGCAGGAGCGUGUAGUCACUGUGAGCGGGGAACCAGAGCAGAACCGUAAAGCUGUGGAAAUCAUUGUCCAGAAGAUCCAGGAAGAUCCUCAGAGCAGCAGUUGCCUGAACAUCAGCUACUCCAACAUCACUGGCCCGGUGGCUAACUCCAACCCCACAGGCUCUCCUUACGCCAACACCACUGAGGUGCUGCCCAACGCUGCUGCGGCAGCUACUGCCUCCACCCUGCUAGGGCAGGCUGGACUGGCUGGUAUGGGUGGCUUCCCGGCAGCUAUGUCCAGCUUUUCCGGUAACGACCUGUUAGCGAUCACGUCCGCGUUAAACACACUGGCAAGCUACGGCUACAACACCAAUACACUGGGCCUGGGUCUUAACCCCGCAGCUGCCUCCGGAGUGUUGGCUGCUGUCGCGGCUAGUGCCAACCCAGCGGCUGCCGCAGCCGCCAACCUGCUGGCAUCCUAUGCCAGCGAAGCAUCCGGAGGGGCUGGGCAUCCUGCUGCACCCAGCCUUGGUGGUUUCUCCCUGGGCUCACUCGCAGCAGCGACGGGGGCAUCCAACGGGUACCUAAACCCCUCUUCGCCGCUGGUGGCUUCUUCUCUUCUCGGCACGGAAAAGUUGGCAGAGGGGGGCAAGGAGGUGGUGGAGAUUGCUGUGCCCGAGAACCUGGUGGGUGCCAUUUUGGGUAAAGGGGGCAAGACUCUGGUGGAAUACCAGGAGCUGACGGGUGCGCGCAUUCAAAUCUCGAAAAAGGGCGAGUUUAUACCUGGCACACGCAACCGCAAAGUGACCAUAACAGGGUCACCUGCAGCCACCCAGGCUGCCCAGUAUCUCAUCAGCCAGCGAAUCACAUACGAGCAAGGCGUCCGCGCCACCAAUCCACAGAAAGUGGGCUAA